AUGAAGUUCCUCUGUUUACAUGGCGCGAGUACCAACUCCGAGAUCUUCGAGAUCCAAACUGGUGGAUUGAGACAGCAACUUUCGAAAAAAGGUCACACAUUCAAGUUCAUGAAUGGCAGACUCGCGUCGCCAGUUGAAGGGGAACUCGAGGGCGUGGUAGACGGUCCAUUCUUUAACCAUUAUGAUCGCGACACUAGCCCAGGCGCAACAGUCGGCGAAGCAAUCGAACACACACAACGUUUCAUUGAAGAACAAGGACCUUUUGAUGCCGUGAUGGGCUUCUCACAAGGUGCUGCCCUCGCUGCUGCAAUGAUCAUCGAGCAUGCAAAGACCCACCCAGGUCAACCACCACUUUUCCGGGCCGCGGUCUUUUUGUGUGGCGCGUCGCCUUGGGAAAGCUCCGGCUUGAUGCUUAUCCAUCCCACACCGGAUACGUAUCCGAUUAAUAUCCCCACUGCCAAUGUUGUGGGACGUCAGGAUCCGAUCUAUGAAGCUAGUAUGAAGCUUUAUGGACUUUGUGAGCCUUCCAAGGCGAUGCUAUAUGAUCAUGGCUCUAGGCAUAUGAUCCCCUUCGAUAUGAAGCAUACGGAGGGGAUGAUUAAGGUUAUCGAGGACACAAUUGCGAAGGCUGUGCUUUAG